CUUAAGCACGCUUUUUUUCAGUUCUUCCAAACCAAGAGAAUCCUUCCAAUCUGGAUCUGCGAUGCGACGCCGCCAAGCUGCAUCGCCACAAAAGCCACCAACGGACCAGACCGAAGCUAGUUUCGAUCCAGAAUCAUCGCCCAGGACAAACAACAUCAUGGUGAAAAGCAGUGCCCAGUCGAGCCAAAAAAUGGCCGUAGCUACGGAAUUCGAGGUCGAAUCUGGUUCAGCCAGAGAUUACCCGAAAUCCUUCUCHUUUUUUCCGCGAAACUACACCGGACGCAGGAAGCUUGCGAUUGCGGUGUGUUGUUUCUUCGCAGUGCUAUUGGUAGUGGUGAAAAACUCGAAAGGUGAGRCAAAACGAAACUGAGAAACGAGGAUUAGUAUCCGUUUUCGAUGCGUUUUUUCUGUUCUGCCUAGGGGGGACUUUGAGAGUUGUUUGAUGAUUAGCGUUAAAGUUAAACC